GCUGGCGGUCUCUCUCUCUCUCUCUCGCUCUCUCUCUCUCUCACUCUCUCACUGCUGCUUCUUUCCCAAUCAAUGCCCGUUGAAUGACUUGUACUCAGUUUCACUUCUUCCGCUAUCCGUCUCUCCGCCGGCGCCGUUCAGCACACUGAACGCUCUUCAUGUGAAUUACCAGGACACAGGACUAACAAACUUGGAGCCUGCACAUUAUCGGAUUGUGUGGGAGCAUCAUGUGGAGGAAGACUUCAGCAGCAGCAGCUCUGCUGGCGAUAGCUGUUGGCUAUUUCUACCAUGGCAGCCCCGAGCUGCCGGAGCAGAUCCUGCAGUACAUCCGUCUGCCAAACUUCCAGACUUCAUCUCAGAGCCUGGAUGGUCAGAACAACCUGGAGCAGGUGAUCUCCGCUGCCUGGGAGACUCUGAUAACUCUACCAGGAAGGCAGUGGAGCAAAAUAGCAGUGGGGGUGAAUGCUUGUGUGGACGUGGUUGUCUCCGGAGUGGGACUGCUGCAGGCUCUGGCUGUGGAUCCUGGCGCCGGCCUGGAUCACGAAGUGUUGCACUCCAAAGAGGACUUGAAGGAAGCCUUCAUCCAUUACAUGGGACGCGGAGCAGCUGCCGAGCGCUUCUUCAGUGACAAGGAGGUCUUUCAGAGGAUUGCACGCGCAGCAGCAGAGUAUCCCGGAGCAAAGCUUUAUGUGGGAGGAAACGCUGCCCUCAUUGGUCAGAAGCUCGCCACCUACCCUGAUCUGAUGGUUUUGUUAUGUGGACCAGUUGGUCCUAAACUUCAUGAGAUGCUGGAUGAGCAGAUUGUCGUUCCCCCAGAAUCUCUCCAGGAGACGGACGAAUAUCACCUCAUCCUGGAGUAUAAAGCAGGUGAACAGUGGGGUCCAACUCAGGCACCUCAGGCCAACCGCUUCAUCUUCUCUCACGAUGUGUCCAACGGGGAGAUGAGCUCCCUGGAGACUUUUGUGGCGAGCCUGGAGGAGUACCAGCCUGAACUGGUCGUCCUGUCGGGCCUCCACAUGAUGGAGGGUCAGGGCCGAGAGCUGUGGGAAGAGCGACUGAAAGAAGCAGUGUCGGUCAUAUCUGACAUUCGUAAAGACAUUCCCAUCCACCUGGAGCUGGCGAGCAUGACCGACAAAGACUACAUGAACAGCAUCAUGCGGGAGCAGUUUAUGCCCAUUGUCAGCUCUAUUGGGCUGAACGAGCAGGAGCUGCUCUUCCUUUCUCAGGCUGGAGGGGGGCCCCAUGCAGAGCUGGCUGCCUGGAAAGGUAUCCCAGACGUGGGCCGGGUCAGCGACAUUCUCCUCUGGAUCCUGCAGCAGCACGGCCGUAGCGAGCCGUCUUCAGAAGCGGAUCUUACUCGCAUUCACUUCCACACGCUGGCCUAUCACAUCCUGGCCACGGUGGAUGGAUACUGGAGCAACCAGGCAGCAGCGGUGAUGGCCGGAGCCCGGGUGGCCAGCAGUCAGGCCUGCGGCCUCCAGUCUGUUGACGUCAGCAAAGUGGAACUCAAAGCCCCGCUGGAGUUCCACAGCUCUCACACCGAGCCACGGGAGCAGCUGUCCUUAAACCCGGCAGAGCCUGUCACCGUGUGGCAUCGUGGAAAUGUCACCUUUUACUUCACACCGGUGCUGGUCUGCAAGCGACCACUUCGGACAGUAGGGCUCGGAGAUGCCAUCUCAGCGGAGGGGCUAGUUUACUCAGAGUUGAACACGCAGCAGCCUUUCUGAGGUUCCCUUAAAACUGACUGAACCUGGAAGAAAAAGACCCAACAAAGUCUUACCUGCAGCUGUGGAGCCAUGGUCUCUGAACCAGUUCACACGUCUGUCCUGAUCCUGUGUCUUCUUCUUCCCAAAGCUAUGCUGCGUUUAAGAACGCGAUCGUGAUGACCGUUUAAAAUCCUGCCUGAUGACUCCUUCUCUGUUGUCCCUCCUUGUAAUGCUCCAGCAGUCACAGAAACCAAGGCAGAACCUUCUUGAACUGGACGUGACCGAGCCGUAAGAUGGCCUGACUCUAUGCACUUGGGCACAGCUCAAAGCCAUCUUCACAAACUCCAAAGAGCUUUAGUCGGCCCAGCACAUUUACUCUGACCUGCAUAUCUUGCUGUGCCUUGAUAAAGUACAAGAAAAGUUAUUAUAAAAUAUUUUACUUAUGUUUUAAAGACAAGUGUAUAAUGAAGCUCAACAUCAGUCACUGUCUGACACACAUACUAUAAACUGGAAACUGGUGAGCUUCUCUUGGUAGAGUUUAUGUGGUAAACCUCGAUGCUUUUUGUUUUUUCAGCUUCUGGUGUAUUCAUGUCAAAUGAGCACAUGGAUGCUCAUCCUAUCAUGGUUAUCAAACAUUUUUCAGUGUCUGAUUUAUUUACUUGUUAUAACUGUCAUCUAGAUAUACUUGACAUUUUUCUUAUUCGUUUCGAGAAGAUCAAAAUAAUGGACUGUGACAGGUUUUGUAUUCCUCACGUUUUGACUGACUUUGUUAAGAAGCUUAAAGUUUGGAAAGUCUGCAUCAGUGUCUUUAUGUUUUAAAAAUCAAAUUACAAAAAGGUAAAAAGCUACUUUAUUUGGGGUAUUUUAAAUAUGGUUUGGAAGCGGGUGUUUCUUUAUGCAGUAUAUCUCAGUUUACAAUCAUGCCAGCUAAUUUCUUAAGAAAGGAAUUAAAUAUGUCAUGUUAUUUUUUUCUUUCUUAUUUGUUUGUACAAGUUACUCUCAGAUUCAGCCUGCCCUUUGUUGAAAGAUGUAAUGAUUUAGCAUGAUUGGCUUGAAAAUUGUGAAAGAUGCCCAGUGUAACAAACCAGAAACACUCCCUGGAUCUAGCCUUUGAGUAAAUUACGCCUCUUCAUGGUUUAUUUGUUGUCGUUGUUUGUGAACUUCUUGGAAACAGCUUCAUCGUGUUAGAGAUUCAGUACAGUGUAUUUCAAGUGUCAGAACAACAAUGUCUGUAUACCUCAAAUGGCCGUCACAGUCAUGCAAUAAUAGAGUCUUAAUGCAACACAAAAAUAUACGUGGCAUUUUGUUUAGCAGAAUGUACACUUUGCACUAGUAGAAGUGGUAGGUGUGCCUGUGAGGGUGAAUGUAACUUUAACUCUGAACCCCCUGAUGUUUUUAGUAAGUACAAUCUGUUACCGGUUUCAUGGUUUGUGUCUCAUGUUUUUAACAUUUCUAACCGUGAGCAAGUUUCCUUUACUCGUAGGUUGUCAUUAAAAUGGUAAAACAUCUGA